CCGCCGACCCCGCAGGACCGCCACGAGUGUGCACGCGUGUCCGAGGCGGUCAGCCGGGGCAUGGUGCACGCGGCACGCAAGCUGCAGGAGUACCUGGGCUUCGAGGACCCCCUGAGCAACCUGAGCCCGGCCCCGAGCACCCUCAAUGAGAUCUUCCUCAUCCACUUCAUCAGCUUCUGCCAGAAGCAGGGCGUGGACGCGUGGCUGACCACCACCAAGAUGACCGCGCACCAGGCCUCCCUCUUCGGGGCCGACUGGAUCUGGACCUUCUGGGGCGCCGACAAGCAGAUCCGGCUGCAGCUGGCCGUGCAGACCCUGCAGCUGUCCUCGCUGGCCCCCGCGUCCCCCGAGCCGGACCCUGGGCCCCGCCACCACGAGGGUGAUCACGAGGAGGAGGAGGCCGUGGGGAGGACCCGCUUCGACCGGCUGGAGAAGUUCUGUCGCUUGAUCGGCGAGGAUUGCCUGGGUCUGUUCCUCGUCUUCGGGGCGCCGGGGAAGCCCAAGGACGUGCGGGGGGUGGCCCUGGACAGCGUGCGGGGCGGGUCGCCCCGAGGGGAGGCCGUGGCGCGGUUUGUCCUGGAGACCGAGGCCUGCGUCUCCAUCCGGGAGCUGCUGGGCCGCUGUCUGCAGGGCCGCGGGGAGCUGCGGGGCGUGGGCAAGGCCUACAUCCGCCUCUGAACCAAGUGGGCUCGGUUCCCGCUCCCCAGCUCUGGGGGAGACAGAAGUGACGCUGGCCGCUGGCCGGGCGAGAUCGGAGCCCAGCUGUGCGGCACGAGA